AUGUCGUCUAUAUAUGACGAGAAGCCUCCACCACCACCUUUAAGGUUUAGUAGCUCUUCUGUUCGAGAUCAGUCUUUUGUUGAAUUGAAACCUCUUCCCCGAGAGCCGAUGACCGAUUUGGAGUGUUUUGCUACUAGUGGAGGAGGACUGCGGUCGUUGCCGACUAAAAAAGCAAAAAAAGUAAAGGGAUUCGCUGGAAAAAUGAUAUCAUUGCCAAGUAAUUUUGAGCACACUGUUCAUGUUGGUUAUGAUCCACAAACUGGCGAAUUUACGGGUAUGCCACCAAUGUGGGCACAGUUAUUGCAGACAUCUCAGAUUAGCAAGCAGGAACAACAGAAAAAUCCACAAGCGGUUCUUGAUGCUCUUAAGUAUUAUACCCAAGCCGAUUCGCAUCAAAAGUGGCUUCAACCAUCUAAUUAUGACGGUAAACAAUCCUCAUUAUUUAAUGCUUAUCACGGUGGUGGUUACAAUCCUUUAACAAAUGGAUCACAUCUGUCAUCGGAAAGUAAUAGUAAUUCUUCUCAAUCUUCAUCAGUUAUCGAGCCAAGGUCUUCAAACCCACCGAUAUAUUCGCCACCUGCUUUACCUGACGAUGAUUCUGAUGAUUCUCCAGCUCCGCCAAUUCCAGAGCGACCAGCCCGUACGAUUUCCAUCUACACUAAGCCAAAAGAAGAUGAAAGAAAAGAUGCAUUAAAUAAUGCGUUAAUUGGUGGGCAGUUUGGAAUGAGUGGGCGAGAUGCAUCAAGGAAGAAAAAAAUUUCGGAUGCAGAAGUUCUUACAAAGUUGCGGACUAUUGUAACGAUUGGUAAUCCUGAUCGCAAAUACCAGAAGAUUGAUAAAAUUGGUUCAGGAGCAUCUGGAUCAGUUUUCACGGCAGUCGAAAUAAGUACGGGUGCUGAAGUUGCAAUUAAACAAAUGAAUCUGGCUCAGCAACCCAAAAAAGAGCUAAUCAUUAAUGAAAUACUUGUAAUGCGAGAAAAUAAACACCCAAAUAUUGUUAAUUAUCUGGAUUCCUACUUAGUUGGUGAAGAUCUCUGGGUGGUUAUGGAAUAUCUUGCUGGUGGUUCAUUAACUGAUGUUGUUACUGAAUGCCAAAUGGAAGAAGGAAUGAUUGCUGCAGUCUGUCGAGAAGUGCUACAAGCGCUUGAAUUUUUACAUAGUAGACACGUUAUUCAUCGUGAUAUCAAAUCGGAUAAUAUUCUUCUCGGACUCGAUGGAUCAGUCAAAUUAACGGAUUUCGGUUUUUGUGCACAAAUUAGCCCUGAACAAAAUAAACGGACUACUAUGGUUGGAACACCCUACUGGAUGGCACCGGAAGUGGUUACCCGAAAGCAGUAUGGUCCAAAAGUUGAUGUUUGGUCGUUAGGUAUUAUGGCAAUUGAGAUGGUAGAAGGUGAACCACCAUAUCUGAAUGAAAAUCCACUCAGAGCUAUAUAUUUAAUUGCAACAAACGGUAAACCUGAUUUUCCAUCAAGGGAAACACUUUCAGUUGCUUUCCGUGAUUUCAUCGAUAGUGCUCUUGAAGUAUCAGUGGAUGAUCGUUUUUCAGCCGACCAGUUGCUUUCACAUCAUUUCUUAAAAUGUGCUAAACCCUUAGCUAGCCUUUAUCAUCUUAUUAUCGCAGCUAAAAAGAGUAUUGCUGCAUCUUCAUAG